UUGAUAUCUGCCGAGAAAGUAUCGUCAUCACUAGCUCUCUGAUAACGGCUUAUCUAUCGCAAAGCCAAUAUAUCCUAGAUCGCCGCCACUAUGCACACCGACGUGCGCAUGAGAGAACUCUCUCAUCACGUCCAGCCGAACGAUGAGUGGAAACUCGAGCAGGGUCUUGCAGCAUGGGAAUUACCGUUGCGAGAUCAGACUCUACCUCAGGGGCAUCAGGGAGUAAAACCUGAUCAAGACAGCGAGGGUGAGACAGAUGCCGACAAAGCGGAUGACAUCGCCGGAGAGGAUGAUCCAGAUGUCUUAUUUGCCGAGGAACGCGAGGGAUGGCACGGAUACGUCGAAUGGGAAGACUACCCAGACAAAAAAGCCAAAGCCCACAAGAUCUUGAUCAACAACGAAUUCCCACCUCCGCCAGAAUUUCAACUUGGCCCCAUACCAGACACCAACCCGGUGCUCGAGGGCAUACGCUGGAAAUUGUGGCACAAGGCCAUCGGCGGGCCUCUAACGGCUGUCCCCGAAGAAUCCUGGCUUCGAGUCAUCCAGGAGAAGCACCCAGACAUGCUCCAUCUACUGCAAUUCCCAUACAACGGCGAGCCACCCAAAAGACUGGUCACAGCAAAACCGCUAACACCUAACUCGCUACACUUCAUCCGCAAUCACGGCGGCGUCCCGGACAUCGACCCCGACAAAUGGGAGCUGAAAAUGGACGGGCUGGUCAAGACACCUCGCACAUUCACCCUCGCGGACCUACAGAACGAAGACAUUUUCCCCAGAAUGGAGAAGACUGUGACGAUCCAGUGCAGCGGCACGCGACGUAUGGAACAAAUCCAAAUGUACGCAGGUGAGGGCGACGAGAUGAUCAACGCACCGUGGGCGGAAGGCGCGAUCGGCACAGCGCGGUACGUCGGCGUAUCGCUGAAGAAAGUCAUCAAGGCGUGUGGUGGUAUGGCUGAAGGUGGGAAACACCUGGAAUUCUAUGGAGCCGACACAUACUUCAAGCAGAACGAGGUGAUGAACUACCUGGUCAGCGUGCCGUGGUCCAAAGUCAAAGCCAACGAGGUGAUGCUCGUGUGGGAGAUGAAUGGCGAACCCUUGCCCAAGAUCCAUGGAUUUCCCGUGAGGAUGGUGGUCAUGGGGUACAUUGGUGCGCGGUCAGCCAAGUGGGUAUAUCGGAUCAAAGCUCUACCACAUCCCUCACGCGCUCCCGUCCAGAGCAAAGAGUAUUUAUAUUUCAACCAACAGGUCGGGAAACACAACCAAUUGCCAACCAUGGGGAUUCAGAUCCAGGAGAUGCCCGUGUCCAGCGCCAUCAUGGCUCCCUGGAGCAAGCAGGUCGUUGUGCACGAGGGCAAAAUCGACAUGAAAGGCUGGGCGUACUCGGGCGGUGGCAGAUGGCCGGAACGCGUUGAAGUCAGCGCCGACGGCGGGUUCUCUUGGUACGAUGUCCCGCCGGAGAAUUUGUCCAAGAAAUACAGGUGGGCGUGGCGCACGUGGGAGUACUCGUUACCAUGCGACGUCGAGGGCUGGAUUGAAUUGGUUGUGCGGUGCUGGGAUAAUAGUAUCAACACGCAGCCGUUGGAUGUAAGGAAUAGUUGGAAUUGGGGCCUACAUGUUACGCAGAGUUGUCAUCGGGUCAAGAUCUACAGUGUGAAUAAGAGCCGGGAGAUGACGAGACGGCGAUUGAAGGAGUUUGCGAAGCAAGGCGAGAGUCUGGUGCCGAUUACGAGGCCGACGGAUUUCCCGACCAUCAGCAUGGAUGAGUAUGAGGAAUAUUGGGCUAAGCAUGAGCCUAGGGAUGUGGAUGAUUGAGCUGGGGAACCGAGCCUUGGGAACUUACCAGGUACGUAGGUAGGAGUUGGCGGGUAGAUUCAUACCUAGUGAUACUAUGUAAAGAUGCAAAUAUGAAUGGACAUGCUUUCGAAUUGAAUUGUGGUGGUAG